UGUGUGCAUAAGCAGAUUUGAAUAGACGCAAAUGAUUAAAGAUGAUAUCCCAGUAAUUAACAGUGAAUUAGCAUUUAUUGGUGCAGCCAGGGUCCAGUCCAUCAAACGUAUUCCCAGUAAGCCUGAGCGGAAGUUUGCCUUCCUUGGCAGGAAAUUGUCAGCAGUGUUUUUGUUGCUAGUGGGGACUGUGAAAAUGGCGACGCCUCGUCGCUCCUCUCAGCAGCAGCCGCCAAACUCCCAGCUGUCCUCCACGCCCCGCGGCUCCUCUCUGCCCGCCACCCCUCCUGGCUCUCCACCGGCACCCGCCGACGAUGCCUCCCCGCUUCCCCACGGAGCCGCAAUGGAGAACACGGCUGAUGGUGAGGUAACCCCGUCCUCUCCCACUACCACCUCCCCAGCUCUGGCCCUCACCACCACCACCAGCAGCAGCAGCAGCAGCAGCUGUAGCAGCAGCACUAGCUCCCCGACCACCAUCGAGGGCAGCGGGACCAGCCCCGGCUCUACGCCCGACUCCGGCGGCGGCGGUGCAGACGGAGCUUUCAGGGAGCUGUUUGAAGCCUGUCGAAACGGGGAUGUUUCAAGGGUGAAGAAACUCGUGGAUGCGAUGAAUGUGAACGCCAAAGACGUGACAGGACGUAAAUCGACACCCCUGCAUUUCGCUGCGGGUUUUGGGCGGAAAGAUGUGGUAGACCACCUGCUUCAGACGGGAGCUAACGUGCACGCUCGGGAUGAUGGGGGUCUGAUCCCACUACAUAACGCCUGCUCUUUUGGUCAUUCUGAGGUGGUGUCCUUGCUGCUGUGUCAGGGGGCCGACCCCAAUGCUCGAGACAACUGGAACUAUACGCCGUUACAUGAAGCCGCCAUCAAGGGCAAGAUAGAUGUCUGCAUAGUGUUACUGCAGCAUGGAGCCGACCCCAACAUCCGCAACACUGACGGCAAGUCCGCCCUGGACCUGGCUGAACCUUCCGCCAAGGCUGUGCUCACAGGUGAAUACAAGAAGGAUGAGCUGCUGGAGGCGGCAAGGAGUGGAAACGAGGAGAAGCUAAUGGCUUUGCUCACUCCACUCAAUGUCAACUGCCACGCGAGUGAUGGCCGCAAGUCCACUCCACUUCACCUGGCAGCAGGAUACAACAGGGUGAGGAUAGUUCAGCUGUUACUACAGCAUGGAGCAGAUGUUCACGCCAAGGACAAGGGUGGUCUGGUGCCUCUGCAUAAUGCCUGCUCCUAUGGGCACUAUGAAGUUACGGAGCUGCUGCUAAAGCACGGAGCAUGUGUUAAUGCCAUGGAUCUAUGGCAGUUCACCCCUCUCCAUGAAGCGGCGUCUAAAAACCGAGUGGAGGUCUGCUCCCUGCUGCUGAGCCACGGGGCCGACCCGACUCUGCUCAACUGCCACAGCAAGAGCUCUGUGGACAUGGCACCUACUCCCGAGCUGAAGGAGAGACUUACAUAUGAGUUUAAGGGCCACUCACUGCUUCAAGCCGCUCGAGAAGCUGACAUGACCAAGGCUAAGAAGACCCUGGCACUGGAGAUCAUCAACUUCAAACACCCGCACACAUACGAGACCGCACUGCAUUGUGCAGUAGCAUCACCACACCCCAAGAGGAAACAGGUGACAGAGCUGCUGUUGAGGAAGGGUGCAAAUGUCAAUGAGAAGAAUAAAGAUUUCAUGACUCCUCUCCAUGUAGCAGCAGAACGUGCUCAUAACGACAUCAUGGAGGUGUUACAGAAACAUGGUGCCAAGGUGAAUGCCCUUGACACGCUGGGUCAGACAGCAUUGCACCGUGCGGCACUGGCAGGCCACCUUCAGACCUGCAGACUGUUGCUAGGAUACGGGGCAGACGCCUCACUGGUGUCGCUGCAGGGCUUCACUGCUGCUCAAAUGGGAAAUGAAGCUGUUCAGCAAAUACUCAGUGAAAACAUCCCAGUGAGAAACUCAGAUGUGGACUACAGACUCCUGGAAGCUGCUAAAGCCGGAGACCUGGACACUGUCAAGUCGUUGUGUACGCCGCAGAAUGUGAAUUGCAGAGAUCUGGAGGGACGACACUCGACUCCCCUUCACUUUGCUGCUGGUUACAACAGAGUGUCAGUGGUGGAGUACCUGCUGCACCACGGGGCCGACGUGCACGCUAAAGACAAAGGUGGUUUGGUUCCCCUCCAUAACGCCUGUUCGUAUGGUCACUACGAGGUAGCCGAGCUACUGGUCAGACAUGGAGCUUCAGUGAAUGUGGCUGACUUGUGGAAGUUCACGCCUCUCCAUGAAGCCGCUGCCAAAGGCAAAUAUGAGAUCUGCAAACUGCUGCUCAAGCAUGGAGCAGACCCCACUAAGAAGAACCGAGACGGGAACACUCCUCUGGACCUGGUGAAGGACGGGGACACAGACAUCCAGGACCUGCUGAGGGGAGACGCUGCGCUGCUGGAUGCUGCUAAAAAAGGCUGCCUUGCCAGGGUGCAGAAGUUAUGCAGUCCUGACAACAUUAACUGUCGGGAUACGCAGGGACGCAACUCCACUCCACUGCACCUCGCAGCCGGCUAUAACAACUUGGAGGUAGCAGAGUAUCUUUUGGAACAUGGAGCCGAUGUGAAUGCACAAGACAAAGGAGGGCUGAUACCUUUACACAAUUCUGCUUCAUAUGGGCACGUGGACAUAGCUGCCCUGCUUAUCAAGUACAACACGUGCGUCAAUGCCACAGACAAGUGGGCGUUUACUCCCCUCCACGAAGCGGCCCAGAAAGGGCGGACUCAGCUCUGUGCUCUGCUGUUGGCCCAUGGAGCUGAUCCCACUAUGAAGAACCAGGAGGGACAGACACCGCUGGACUUGGCCACGGCUGAUGACAUCAGAGCAUUGUUGAUUGACGCCAUGCCACCAGAUUCCUUGCCAAGCUGUUUAAAACCACAGGCCACUGUGGUGAGUGCAAGUGUGGUAAGUACAGGUGCAGCAGGGGGUGUGGUCAUCUCUCCCUCUCCAUCUCCAUCCUGCCUAUCUGCAGCGAGCAGUAUAGACAACCUGACCAUGCCCCUCAGUGACAUCACAGUAGCCGGGGCCACUGGAACAGCUGACGGAGCGUCAGGGUCUGACAGGAAGGAAGGAGAGACUCUGCUCGACAUGACCAUCAACCAGUUCUUAAAGAGUCUGGGCCUGGAACACCUCCGAGACAUCUUCCAGCGGGAACAGAUUUCGCUGGAUGUGUUGGCAGACAUGGGUCACGAGGAGCUGAAAGAGAUUGGCAUCAAUGCAUAUGGUCACAGACACAAACUAAUCAAGGGCAUCGAGAGGCUGCUGGGAGGCCAGCAAGGUGCAAACCCAUAUCUGACAUUCCACUGCUCCAGCCAGGGCACUGUGCUGAUCGACCUGGCACCGGACGACAAGGAGUUCCAGUCUGUGGAGGAGGAGCUACAGAGCACUAUCAGAGAACACCGUGAUGGAGGCAACGCAGGCGGAGUCUUCAGCCGGUACAAUAUCAUUAAGAUUCAGAAAGUGGUGAAUAAGAAGCUGCGAGAGAGAUGUUCACACAGACAAAAGGAAAUCGCAGAUGAGAAUCACAACCACCACAAUGAGCGCAUGCUCUUUCAUGGUUCUCCCUUCAUCAAUGCCAUCAUCCAUAAGGGCUUUGACGAGCGUCACGCCUACAUCGGCGGCAUGUUUGGCGCUGGCAUCUACUUUGCAGAGAACUCCUCCAAAAGCAACCAGUAUGUGUAUGGGAUAGGCGGAGGCACAGGGUGCCCCACACACAAAGACCGCUCCUGCUAUGUGUGCCACAGGCAAAUGCUGUUCUGCAGAGUGGCACUGGGUAAAUCCUUUCUUCAGUUCAGCGCAAUGAAAAUGGCCCAUGCCCCUCCUGGGCACCACUCUGUUAUAGGACGACCCAGUGUCAAUGGGCUGGCAUAUGCAGAGUACGUCAUCUACAGAGGGGAGCAGGCCUAUCCUGAGUACUUGAUUACUUACCAGAUUGUGAAGCCCGAGAGUCUGACCACACCUGCUGCCACUGCUGAGCAGAAGUCCUAAAACACAUUCACAUCUGGAUCAGAAAAAAGCCAGACUGCAGUGGAGUAGAACUGAACUAGAAUGCCUUUCAGACCUCAAACUGAUCUUGAAGUGGUGUGUUGACCAGGCAGAAGUCUGAUGAUCCUCAGAAACAAACGUGCAUGUGACUAAAGGAGAGGGGGGGAAAAAAAAGGAGGAUGAGGAGGCAGUGUCUGAGUUUUAGACUAUAAUACAUGCACAGUCCAAAGCAGGAAUCAAUCAGGAUCUUUAAUUAAUUAGGAUUAAUUUUGUAGGAGAAAAUGCAAAUCGUUUUGAUUAAUGUUUGUGGAGGUGUACCAGUAAUCUAAUUUUCAUAUUCGCAGGUUGCUGGCUUGAUUCGGCAGACAAUUAAAACAAUUAGACCUAGUCCAAAAACAACAACCCUGAUUUUGCACUGCUCAUGUAUUCUACUCUGUUUUCAAAUGUGUUAUUGUGAUAUAGUGUCGUCUUUUGGCAUUUUAUGUUACAGCUUGUUACAUUUUCACCAGUGAGACUCGUGUAAAUAAGACAAAGCUUUGUGUUCCCCUUCAUGAAAUGUGAGCACUGAUAAGAGAGAUUACUGUGGACAAAUACCCUGAAGUUAGUACACAAAAAACAAACAGGAGACCAUUAUCUACCGCUGCCACAAGUGCAGGCAGCACAUUUUCCACUACCUUCUACAGCCACAAACAAGACAGCAACAAUUCAAGCCAGAGACCAUACAAUAAAAUAAAAAAAAAACAUAAAAAAAAUGGUCACAUAGAUUUUUAAAACAGGUUUUUGUAUUUACUUGGCAAGUCAAAGGCAAACACUGAAGCCGUGUGAUAGGCUGAGACACCUGUCAAUCAUACCAGCAUGCCCUAAAACAUACUGCUCUCUGAGCCUUAAUGUCCUUUUCAUGAAAACAAUGUUACAACUUGCCAACAAACAUGCAAGAAUGAGUUAAAAUUGUCAGAUAAUUUGGAGGUUUUCCCAAUUUGAUUAGGCUAAACUGUGUGAUUUGGCGUCUGUCUAGUGGUCAUUAAAGGAACAGCAUCAUAAAGACUUUCCACAUUGGCUCUGACAGGCAAACAAUCUGGCUGCUGUUUGUUUCAGCUCAAAGUCCAAAGUCAUUCUUAUAAAUACCAGGACCACAAGAGACGAGACUGUGACGUGUAUGCAUACAAAUACACACACGCAAAUGUAUAUACACACUUUAGAUUGUUUUUGUUUACAUAAAGCACUAACUUCUUGCCCCUCGCCUCACUACAUGUAAUUGUUGAUACCCCUGGUGGGGCAACAAAUGAACUGCUGGGUUGCAGUAUUUAGUGAAAGAGUACAGCAUACUGUAUUAGGAAGACAUUUAAAUGAGGAUGAAUUUCUACACAGUACUAGGCUGUUCAUUUGUGCUUUGUCUGCAUUUUUAUUUUUCUCCUAUCAUGUUUGUGUUUCAAUCUAUUCUGGAGCCAUUAUUCUUUACACUCAAACAUUAAGCAAAUGUGAAAAGUCAGCCUUGUCAUUGUAUCUUAGCAAAAGAUU